ACCAACGACAAGCGUGCAAUAGCACGAGCUCGAGCAAACCAGGAAUCUGUUUCUCCAAGAAGAAGGGGCAAAGAGUGGAAGUACAGGAAAACAGUCAAAAAGCCGCCCCCAAAAACCGAAGCGGACUAUGAGGAGGAAGGCGAAGAAGAGGAAGAGGAGGAGGUGGAAGAGGAGGCAGAGGAGGAGCAGCAAUCCAGGAAAAAACAAAAGACAGCAGAUAAGAAUCGUAAGAAAGAGAAAGAAAGAGAACGGGAAAGGAAAGAAGAGGAAAAAGUGGAGAAGGGGGGACGAAAAAAGGAGGAGGGUAAGGCAGAAAAACAGAAAACGAGCGGCAAGGAACAGGAGGAAGAAGGAGAGGAAGACGAAAGGGGUGAGGAAGAAGAAGAGGAAGAAGGAGAAUCUGGAAACGAAGCAGAAAGUAAGGAGGAAGACGAAAAGGAAAGUUUCGGCAUGGAAAUGGAUUUUCGCGAAAUUGCCUUGACACACAAACUGGAAAAAUUGGGAAAGCUUGGCUUUCGCUACUCGCUGGCUUAUUUACUGCAAAGAAACAGCACUGGUUUAGUUGUUUGUUUUGCUGGUUUAUUGGAGCUAUGA